GAGCUGAGCUUGGUGAGGUGAACAAGAAACAAGAAACGAAACAGAUGUGUUCUCAGCAGUGGCAGUUUGCAGGGUCAUACAGAUCAUAGCCUAUGUUGACCGCUUCUGCCGAUCCGAACGAGAUGUCUCGUUCCGCUGAGGAAGCAGAAAAGGAUCAAGCCAUGCGCGUGCGACGCGAAGUUCGAAAGGGCUAUCGAAAUUUGCAGAGCGAUGUUCACAAACACAAGCACGAAUUGGUACAGCCAGGAAAUGAGGGACUCAUCGGUCUGCUCGAAAAUGCCCAGGUGCUCUCGAACAAAGUCAUGGCACCGGCCGAGGCGGUGCUCGACUCCAAUCUGCUCAAAUCGGUCGCUGCUAUGGGCGUGGAGCAGGCCAGGAACCUGAACACCAGUCGCAUCACGUUUGAUCUUCAGGACAUGGCCAAGAAAUGUGUACGUGUCAUGGACGGUGCAGGGCGUAGUCUAGACGACGAUGACCAGUCGCAUGCCAAUCAGCGCCGGCUCGCCAAGCUCGACUGGACCAAGCUGGACGAGGUGUGUGCACCGUGCCUGGUGCGCCGCUCUCCGGUCGCCUCGUUCAUGUAUGGUCCGAUGGCGAUAAAAGCCAAGGAACGCAAGCAAGCACAGCGCCGCCAGGCAGAUAAGACCGACGAGAAGGUGACACCCACGCAGGUGGAGUCUGCAAACCAGUACCAGGAAACAACGACAGAGGAGGUCGCCAGGGUGGCCAAGUUUCUCAAGGAGACGUUGGAGGCGAAUCAAGAGUAUGAAGCCGUGCCGUACUUUGAAUUCGUCCUGAAUCCCAAUUCGUUCUCGCAGUCUGUGGAAAAUAUCUUUCACACGGCGUUUCUCGUGAAGGACAAUGUAGCGUUCAUCAAGUUUGAUCAAGAUGAACCGUUCAUUGGACUGACCCAAACGAAAGAUGCGAAUGCUGAGGCAGCUCGCCAGCAAUUCAUCGUGGAGCUAGAUAUUGCGCUUUGGAAGGAUCUUGUUGAGGUGUAUGACAUUCAAGAGCCAUGCAUACCGACCAGGACUGAUCCUAUGGACUCGUCUCAGCGUGAACAGCAGUAGCUUUCAGGGUAGGUGGCUUUGAAGUUUAUGUGACCGUCGGUGCGCAAAGGCUCCAGGGCUGCCUGCUUCCUGGCUUGUUCCUACCCAUGUCCGUAAGCCGAUUCCGUUGUACAUAGUAUCACGUGCACAUACGCUUCUUGUACAAAGCUCCUUCUAUUUUUAGAGCCCCGCUCUCUGUGUAUAUGCCUCUGCCAUGAUACCGUAGGUAUGUAUUUUUAUGAACUGCCAAACACAUCUGGUUUCCUUCCUUCUGGUGCGAGUUAAACCCAUAGCUAUUUUACACGUCCUCCCUGUCUAUCAUGGCCUUUAUACGGUAACGUUUCAGGCGUUUAGCGUUGCGUUCCAGCUGAGGUAAGCUGAGUUUAGUUGCAUUGCGUUCAGGACCCGGUGCGGACUGCAUCUGGCAGUGCAGGUGCAGACUAUUGCUGUCCGGUUAUUGCUAAAACAACGUGUGCUGCAGCGACAGUGUGCUAAAUCAUGGUGUUUCCCCACUCAGCUGGCUUCGACUACCUUAGCUGAUCUGCUAUUGACCACCUUAGAGUAUUACCUUAGAUGAUCUGUUAUUGACUAACGGGUGCUUGUGAAGUUACUUAGUUACCUUAGAGCUUCUGUUAUUUUUUUUAACCUUUCCCACUUUUACAAGAUCAUGCCUGCACAUGUACUGCUAAUGGCUUGAGUGUUUUCUGACUUUUCCACUCUCCAUUUUUAACCGAAGUUCCGUCUCUGCGUCGAGGAAACGCAUGCUUGCUGGCUGUGUGCCUCGCUCAACUCACUGUGUUGCAAGCCUGCCGCUAUUUGUAUUCCUUUGAAGACUUGAGCCAACCAAA